AUGGCAAACAAUCAGAUCACGCUCGACGUAUCCGGUCGCAAAUUUCGCACGUCCAAAUCAGUCCUCUCGGUCUCGCCUUAUUUUGAGGGUCUACUCAAUCGCUGGGAAGACGGCGCGGACCUCCAGGCUGACGGCUCGUACUACGUCGACGCGGAUGCAGAUACAUUCGAGCAUCUACUCAGCUUUAUGCGUCGGCCUUCCAGGUUUCCGCUUUACUGGACAAAAAAAGACGGUUUCGACUAUGCGCUCUACAGCCGGGUCGAGGCAGAGGCAGACUACUUCUUGUUGGAGGGACUGCGGGACUGGAUCCAGCAGAGAAGGUAUCUUGGAGCAGUAUCCGUCAUCCAGGAAGUCAGCAACCCUAGAGAGGUUGAAAAACAAGGAUACAACCGCAUUGGCUCUGACGUUGUUGUUGAGACCUUCGUCUUGAGAGAGGGUGGCAUUCGUCUUUGCCCGUCAGGGAGGCACAUGCGGGGUACUGAGGAUUGUUACUUCAAGCCACCAGCACAGUGA